GUGUCCGGUGACCUGACCUCGCAAGAACGAGAGGAACUUGAGAACAUCCAGCGUCGCAAGCAAAAAUUGCUGGAAGAUAUACAGCGACUUAAAGAAGAAAUAGCAGAAGUCACAAAUGAAAUUGAAAACUUGGGAUCGCUGGAGGAGAAGAAAAACUUGCAAAAGAAUAAACAAGUUGCAAUGGGAAGAAAGAAAUUCAACAUGGACCCUAAAAAGGGCAUCCAGUUCUUGAUCGACAAUGAGCUGUUGACAAAUACCUGUGAGAGCAUUGCCCAGUUCUUGUACAAAGGUGAAGGACUGAAUAAGACCGCUAUAGGAGACUACCUAGGAGAAAGGUAA